AUGGAUGCACAGUAUCCCUUUGCCUCUCGUGACGACAUUUGGCGCGUCUUUGACGAGUUGAAGGAGCUCCACAUUGCGCAGUACGAGCAAGGCGAACGGCUCGCGCAACUGGAGCGUCGUCGGGACGACGAUGCCAGACUAAGGAGUCCUUGGUGUUCUGCCUCGCCGUUUCCACAUUCAGUUGGAGCAAUCGCUCCAGGUAGUCCACUGCCCUCAGGGAUAAGCUCGCCACUUACCAAGACCUCCCUCCCAGACCCCGCUUACCACUCGCCCCCGGAUGCUUUCAAAGGAUUUGAUCAGGGUCAUCAUUCUGCAAUGGUUACUUCUGCUGUUGGGUUUGAUGGUGAGGACGAGCCCAGACGAGGCGCAUCGCGAGCCAACAGUGUCCGAUUUGACGAAAGUGCCAUCCACGGGAACGCCCAGGCUAGCCGCCCCAGCAAUGACCUUCCUCUGCGGACCGGCAGCAGCUUGAGUACGCACCCGCUUCUUGAGCGAACGUUUUCCCACCAAUCUGAUGGACGAUUGAGCUCAUCUGGUCACUCGCAUCAUUCCGCUCGGACCAAUAGCCUGCGCCUGAACACCACCCGGCUGCUUGGUGCUACGCCUAUCGACUCCCCUUUGAUUCCCCCGCCUGGACUUUUCUUGCUGGGACCAGUCCCAUCCAUCAUUCGGUGCUGGUUGUCUGAUACUUUCACUAACGAUUCUCUCCUGUACGCAGCCGUUUGCUCGGGCUCUUACGUCUCAACUCUGGGAUUCUCCAUGGUCCGCGAUUUUGGCAUGGAGAGCAUGAUCGUCCGCGAAGGCGAGGUGCCGUACAUCAAGCUUCCGCUCUAUCUUCCCGAAGCACUUAUUCACCCAUCCUCGUCCCGCCCCGGAACCCCCACUCACCAAGUUCCUACCGUGACCAUCCGCUUCCUGAUUCGGGAGACAGAAGUUGACAAUAAUUCCAUUCAGAUCAUCAUUGGAAGCGAUGUGAUGCGCGCCCACAACGCUGAUAUUUUGUUCUCACAAGAUAAACUGAUCAUGGUGGACGAUGACCACAACCGGGUAUCUGUCCCCCUCGUGCGUCCUGAGAAGGACUCCGUGUUUAAAUCUCUUUGCACCUCCCCUGGUACCGCCCAUUAUGGAGACUUAUUGGGACCUCCUGCUAAUGGACCUUCGUCCGUCGGUAUCAUUGGCCGGCCUGUUAAUGUUCCACAAAAGCCGGCCUGUGCGCCUCCAUCAGCUCGUCUGCCUGGUAACGAGAAUAACGAUCCUCACAAGUCCCAUACACAGAACCAGCAAGCUCAUACUCUCGUCUCGGCUGGAAAUCGCGCAAUUGCUGCCAAUCCGCAGACCUCCGAGCCUACUAAAACCGAAGACACGCCUUGGGGCGGCCCAUGGCGUCGCGAUGCCAAGAAAUCAACCAGCACAACCAAAAAGGCUGCUGAUAAACGUGAGAUGAAAGUCUUCCGAAAGUCUAGCAGCUAUGCGAACUCCUCGACUUCGGCCUCGGCUCCUGGCAGUGUUACCAAUGAGCAGGCCGACAAGUCGUCUCUGUCGACUACUUCUGCCCACCAUCCAAGUACUCCUUCGGACAAGCAUGGUACGCUGAAUCCCGUGGGCAGUGCAUCGGCAUUUGGAUGGCUCAACCCGGCCCCCCACAACGCCUCGUCCUAG